AUGAGACCGCUUUUCUUCUGUCUGCUCCUAGCGCUGCGGCGCGUUGCAGCCGAUAACGACGAAGAUUCCGAUUUAAACCCAAGAUGCAACACCAAUGUGAGCAUUACAUCGCAAGCAGAUGCAGACUCCAUCGCCUCCUGUCAAACCGUCCGCGGUAGUGUGACCAUGACGAAGUCUGCGAGCGGGACUAUCAACCUCCAUGGAGUCGAGGCAAUCCAGGGCCCUCUUACAGUUCAUGGAGCUUCGAACCUCAGUUCCUUGGUAGCGUCGGACCUGAGGACCGUCACUGGAACAUUGACUGUGGCCAACAAUGAUGCGCUCAAUCAAAUCGCAAUGUCCAACUUACCGACCGUUGGAGGAGACAUCAAAGUGGAGAACAAUCGAAAUCUGAAAGACCUGUCGUUGAGUGACCUGGAUGAGGUCAGAGGGGGGCUGACCGUCUCUGGUGAUUUCAAUCGGAUCUCCUUCUCGAACCUUGGCACAGUCAGCGGACCUUUUACGAUCCAUAGCUCAGGCACCUUCAACUGCUCAAGUUUGGAUGGUCAACGGUCUGGAGAGGACAAUGCCGGAAUCGCCGUGGCAGUGGUGAUCGUCCUUUGGCUGUUCAUCCGCCGUCGAAAGCGCCAGCAGAAUCGACGAACAGAAAAGCUAAUAUUAGAGGUUGCCACACCGCCAAUACCAGGUCUCACCGGCCUCCCUAGCAAGACAGAAAAGCCGACUCCAAAGCCCACGCCGCCCCAAGAGGCCGUGGAGAGGAGUACUGUUGUAAUUAAUCCACUCAAGGGGUCAAGUUCCCCCGAAAACCACUGUCCCCACCACCAGCCGCAGACGCGAGAUCCUCUGUUCCAGCAUCUUUCCUCCCCGGAUCCGAGAGAAUGUCUGUUCCUGUAUCAUUACUUCCUGGCUCCGAUCCAUCAGUAUCCUCGGGCUCCGUUCCCACCGAAGAGUCACGUCCGAUCCCACGUUAUUCUUACAUCAUAUCCCGCCCCCGGCGCCACAGCCUGGAAGUACCGAUUCUGGACAGCGGGAAUGUAUACGAGGUGGGGACCGGUCGAACAAGGCCGCAAACUCCUGCCUAUGAGCUGGUUGGAGGUGGAAUGA